AGAAGAGAAGAAAAGAAAAGGUAGAUGGGUGCUCCUCCACGCGAAGAAGAGAAAUGUCUCUCUCUUGGACUCAUUCGUAUCUAUUUCCAAAACAACGUAAAGUAGGUGAAAACAAUGAACUAUAAGAAACAAACAUAGAUAAAUAGUACUGCAAACAAUACUAGUGGUGGUGCCACCAUUGCGUUGGUUUUGUGAAUUCCCUUCCCUAUUUUCUUUUCUUUUAUUUAUUUUCUUUGGUCUUCUCUCAUAUUGAAGAGUCCGUCUUAAUUUACUUAUAUCUCUCUCUCUCUCUCAUUCAUUUCAUUUAUUCAUUUCAUUCUUAUUAUCAUGCCAUGCGUUUGUGAUUACUAGUACACCCUCCUUUAAUUCCUUCAUCUAUUCCCCACCUUAUUUACCCAUUACUACAAUUUCCCAUAUUAUAUUCAAUGGCUGUUCAAGCUCAAUACCCUUCCAAUGUACUCUUUCUCAACAACAAAAACGGUCAAGAACAUGAUCAAUAUUCAUUGCAACCACAACCUCCUUCUAAUCAAUCCAAUUCCAAUAUAAUGUUAUUCAACACUGCACCUACAGGUGCUAAUUCUCGAAAGAGAGUAAGAGGAAGAGAAACAGGGGCUAUGCAACAAUCUCAAUAUAUGAUGAAUCAAUUCUCUUUACAAUCUCACACUCCUCAUCUUAUUGACCUCACUCAACUCCAAAAUCAUCAUCAUCAACAACAACAGAAUCAAAACAUUGUUUCUACAGGUUUAGGUUUAUCCUUUGGUGAUCAACAACAUCAAAGACUACAAUUGCUACAACAACAACAGUGUCAUUCCUCUCAUUUCUUGUCUCUAUUGUCAAAUGGUUUAGCUUCACAAAUCAAACAACAAAAAGAUGAAAUUGACCAAUUCCUUCAAGCCCAGGGAGAAGAGUUACAACGGACAAUAGAAGAAAAGAGACAGAGAAACUAUCGGGCGAUAAUAAAGACAGCAGAGGAAACGGUGGCGCGUCGAUUAAGAGAAAAGGAAAUUGAUUUACAAAAAGCCACGCGCAGAAACGCGGAGUUAGAAGCACGCGCGGCGCAUCUUAGAACCGAAGCCCAACUUUGGCAAGCAAAAGCGAAAGAACAAGAAGCAACUGCUAUUUCUCUUCAAACACAACUGCAUCAUGCUAUGAUGAGCGGUGGCGCAGAAAACAGAGGUGAAAAUGAAUGUGGGCUAUCUUGCGCCUUAGGUGUUGAGGGUCACGCCGAGGAUGCGGAGUCGGGUUAUAUUGACCCGGAAAGGGCUGUUGUUGGGUCGGGUCCUAAAUGUAGAGGGUGUGGAGAACGGGUUGCUUCGGUUGUUGUGUUGCCGUGUCGACAUUUAUGUGUUUGUACUGAAUGUGACACACGUUUCGGUGUUUGCCCCGUUUGUUUCACUGUUAAAAAUUCAACCGUUGAGGUUUAUUUAUCUUAGGUUGAUUUUCACAAUCACAUGAUGCAUGUGUUUGUUCAUCAGAAUUGUCACAGCCAAAAAUUAAAUAAAAAAGGGAUAAAUAGUGUUUAAAAAACAAUGACCUAGGGGUGGAUGUACAUGUCAUGGCCACAUGGAUAGUGGCAUUUUUUUUGUUGUUGGGUUCUUCACUCUUUUGGAAAUUUUAUAUUUAAUAUUAUUAUUAUUAUUAUUCUUUUAUUUUAUAAAUUCUAAAUUCAUGAUGUUAUUGUAUAGUUGUCUCUAUGUAGAUGUAAGAAUCUUGCAUAAUUUUGAAAAGCCUUGUUGAUAUGGCAAGUAGGAUGGAUGCUUGUUGCACAAGGCUUUGUUUGUAUGUUUGUUGGUAAUUUCUUUUGUAGAUGAAUUUGGAAAGUGAUUUAGGA